GGGUUUCUUUCUCCUCUAACCUGAGCUGAGUCCCAAAAUACCUAUUAGCCAAGAAAAUGGCAGCUUCAGGAAGAUCAACAAUGGCGGUUCGCGCCUUCUUGAGAGCUACCCAAAGAGUCUCACCAUCACCAAGACCUUCGCUUUCAUCACCUUUCCUACCUCCUCCUCAGGCCCAGGCUCGAAUCUCAUCGACUCCAUUGAGGCUUUUGAGGCGAGAAUUGAGCUCUUUUAGACCUCUUCAUAGUGCCAUAGCUUCUGCUUGCCUAGUCUCGAAGCUUCCCAACGAUGUGGAUUCGUCUUCUGAUGGUUUGUUCUUUUUCCGUUUCUCUUCAAAAUUGUGUUCUUUUAUGCAAUUUCGACUGUAUUUUUUCAAUUCGAGUAUAGUUAAUUGGUGAUUGAUUGUACUUCAUUUGAAUUGUAUUUCAAUUUGGCAUGAUUUUAGUCUGAUCAACAAGCCAUAGUUUACUUGAGAUGGGUGUAGAAUUUAGUAAUUAGGUAGUUAUAGUAAGAAUUUAACUUGGUAAUCUUAAAUAUUCUAGUUCCAUUACCUUACAUGAGUUUUGUUUUGACUUAGAUAAGUUGAUUAUCAUGAAUUUAGACUUCAAAUUGGUCUUUUACCAAGCAAUUUUAAAUGUUAAUGAUAAGGCCCGAUUCCUCUCGUACAAGAACUAUUAGAGUUAGUCCUACAUUGAUAAUGUGUGAAAAUUAAUCGUCAUAUAUAAGAUGAAUGAGUUACUCUUCCCAUUGCUAAUUAGUUUUGAGAUGGAACCUCAUUCAUCUUAUCCCAAAUUCUAAUAUGGUAUCAAAGCCACUUGUAAUCUGUUGUGAGCCCAAAUGCCAUUGGUCUUUUCGUGAGGCACUUGUGUCUCUGUUUGUUAUACCCACUUUCCAGGCCCAAUAGCAGAAAAAUAGAGAGAACUUGUGUAUAGAUUGCUACUAGAAUAGAGAAUAUGUAGAAAAAUGACUCUCAAGUCUUGCAUAAACUCUCCCACUCUCUAUACUCACUUCUUUAUACUAUUCUAUUCUCAAUCAAAAACUAUCCUUCACUGCAAUGACUAACUACUCUUUCAUUCAAUCCUGGGUUUAACGAUCUGUAUUUGUUUCUUUGUAUAGAGACUCAUACCUCUGCUUAAGUGGGGUUUUAGGUGUGUGUGAUGAAUGGGAUGAUAUGCCUCUUAUAAGCUCUAUUUAUAUUUGGUUUAUGGGAAAAAUUGAUAUGCUAUGUUGAUCAUUUGAAUGUAGCACAACCUUAUACAGUUGUUAGUUCAACAAGAUCUUAAUAUGCAAUAAAUCAUUGAAGUGAACCAUUUUACAAUUAUAUCUGCUUGAAUUUUUUUCUAACAGAAAAAAAGAUGGUGGUAUUAAUGCGGAUAAUAGGAUUCCAUGCUAGGUUCUAUUUUUUGUUUUUGGGUUCUAUAUGUUUUGUGCUAUCAAAGUUAGCUUAGUGAAUUAUAAAUUUUUUCGGGAAAAAUGAAUUCGUGUUCAAUAAUUUCUUCUCAAUUUGAUGCAGGUCGAUUUGCUAACUAUCUCAGUCCCAUCUAGGAGGGAGCAAUGACAGAUAUUACUAGUCCAUUUCGGUUUUAUUUGAAAUUUUCAUACUAGCUCCUUGAGGUAAGUCCUUUCAGAAUCAGAACCCAUUUCUUUUGGAAGAACAAUAACACUAAAUGUAUGUUUUAGGUUAAAUAUCAAUUCAUUGGAUGAUAUUUUAUUUGGCGAUUUCGAUCCAACUCUCUUGGGUGGAUUUGUUUUUUCUUUUUCUAUUCUCUUGAUCUAUUGUUCUGCAGUAGUAAUAUGAUGUGAAAUGAUCAUAUGUAUUCCAUUGAAAAAAAAAAAAGUAAAAAAAAAUAAGAAUGAGGCUAUGUUGGGUUAUAUUAUUUUUUAUUAAAUAAAACAUUAUUAACACUCUAAA